UUUUAUGUAAAAAUUUCAAGGGAGGUAAAAGAAGCUCUUCAAAGAGCAACAUUAUUUAUAUAUCAUUAGAGGGUAGAGAAGGAAUCUUUUAAUUAUUUUGCAUGAAAGUUCCUUGCAGUUUCUACUUUUUGGAGCUCCCCCCUUUGGUUUUCAAUAUAAACUCACAUUCUUCAUUCCCAUUACCAACAUCCUUGCAAUAUUUUCAGAUUCUCUUUAAUCUCACAAACUCAUCAACUUCUCAGCCUUGAAUUGUGCUAUUGUGUUUUGUUCAUAUAUAUUGGCAUUGCCAAGUUAACUAUUAUUUUUGGUAAUAUUUUAAACCAUUUCGGGAUCGUCGAUCAAAUAUUAAUACACACGUAGAAAUGGGAGUUGGAGGAACUCUAGAGUACUUAUCUGAUCUAAUGGGAAGUGGCCACCACCAACACAAGAUCAAGAAGAGGAAGCAAUUACAAACGGUCGAGUUGAAGGUGAGAAUGGACUGUGAUGGUUGUGAGCUUAAAGUCAAGAAUGCCCUCUCUUCAAUAAAUGGAGUAAAAUCAGUGGAGAUAAACAGGAAACAGCAAAAGGUGACAGUAAUAGGGUAUGUGGAGGCAAAUAAGGUUCUAAAGAAGGCCAAGUCAACAGGGAAGAAAGCUGAGAUUUGGCCUUAUGUGCCAUACAACAUGGUGGCUCAUCCAUAUGCUGUUUCUUCUUAUGACAAGAAGGCUCCUCCUGGAUAUGUGAGGAGAUUGGAGACUACCAAUGGAAUGGUUACUACACAUGAAGACUCUCAUCUCAACAUGUUCAGUGAUGAAAACCCAAAUGCAUGCUCCAUUAUGUAGAUGAUGAGGAAAAAGUGUUUUUUUAGCACAAUAAUGUAGAUUUUGUAGUUUUAAAUGUAGUAGGUUAUUUUGUUUUACUCUAUUGUUUUCAUUCUUAAGUAUUUGUUUCUCUAUUGAAGUGAUGUUGCUGCCAUCAUGGUUUUGCCAAUUCUCGUAUUUGAUGAGUUUUGUUCUGUUAUUUGACUUUUUCUUUUGUCCCCGAUAUAACUGAAUUUUGGUU